UCAAAUACUAUUCAGUUCGCAAUAAUCUUCACAGCGAGUAGCACACAACAAGCAAAGAAAUAUAACUUUAUAGUUAAUCAUGCCGUUAGGAAAUUUUGACCUUGUCGCCAAGAUAAAAGAAGAACUUCACUUUUUAGAAAAUAGGUUUUCUACUAAGCAAGAUGAUGGUAUCAGUAGUCAAGUAAUCGUCGCAGAUGAGCUGAGGAGUAGGUUUCCAUGUUCAAAGUGUGACAAAGAAUUCCCCACCUCCUCUCGUUUAGUGAAACACAUGAAAUCUCAUAGUGGAGAGAAACCGUUCUCCUGUCCAGUUUGCAGAAAGGGAUUCUCAGCUAGAGAAAACCUUCUCGUUCAUCAAAGAAUCCACACGGAGGAUCGUCCCUACCAGUGUACAAUCUGUGAACGAUCAUUCGAGCAUUCUGGGAAACUUCACAGACACAUGAGAACCCACACCGGGGAGCGCCCUCACAAAUGUGCUAAGUGCAACAAAACCUUUAUCCAGAGCGGUCAGCUCGUUAUCCACCUGAGAACACACACCGGAGAGAAACCAUACGUCUGCCACAGUUGUAAGAAAGGGUUCACCUGCUCCAAGCAGCUCAAGGUACACUCCAGAACACACACCGGAGAGAAACCAUACCGUUGCGACUUUUGUGGAAAAAGUUUUGGUUACAAUCAUGUUUUGAAACUGCACCAGGUUCAACACUACGGGUGCAGGGUGUAUAAAUGCACUAUCUGUAGCUUAACCUUUAACAACAAGAAGGAGAUGGAGAUGCACAUCAUCACCCAUGAUGACCAGGAUCUAAUCCGACCCAGUAGCACAGGAUCAAGAACUAGUUAUGUUUCCUCAGAGAAGGAGAAUUCUCCGAUCCUGCAGAGAUCCUUGAAUCCGCUUAAAUUCCUUCCGUUUAACCAACUUCUCUCUUCUCCUUCUGUUUCCCCUGAACCUUCUCUACCCUGCCUUCUUCCUUCCAUUAAUACAAUAUGUAUGGAUCUACCAAUGAUGAAACCAUCUCCUUCCCAACCUUCUAGAGCAUCUAUUAUUAGAGCAAACCCUCUCUACCCUGUCACAAUGGAUGUCCUGAAGCCUAUUCUUGAAGAAGAUUACCAGAGGUUUGGGAAACUCCCGGUUCUUAGAUCUCCUUCUUUCAGUGCAUUAUUGAACCCUGGAGUAGAAAUCAGUGAAACCAUGGACACGGAGACACCUCUCAACCUAACCGUCACAGCUACGAUCACAUCUCCGCCACCCACUCCAACCCCAACCAUUUCCCCCCCUCCCCCAUCAUUCGCCAGUAUGGAAGAGAGCAGUCUUCCGCCCAGGAAGCGUCGAUUAGUUUCUCCAGGUCUAGAUACAGCUCGUGGUUCAGUUAUACAGUUCGCCAUUCGAAGCUAAACUAGUUCUUUUAUUUGUAUCUUGUAUUAAACCGAAAAUUACCUCAUUUUAAUUAUUAUUUAUUGUUAGUGUAAUAAAUUUAAAACUGUAA